AUGCCAGAUUGUUGUUUCUAUGUGACACUGCUCCUCUGCUUGGGGACGGUACGGAGUCAGAGCAUCGCAAAUGGCUUCUUCGCGGAGGCCGGGACGAACCCUGGCUUUUACACCCGGAUAAACCAAAAGGGCCUCGACCUGAUGGCCGACUACCUAAAAGACCGAGUGAUCCGGUUUCUCCAUGCCGGCGACCUGUCCUUCAACGUCACGUCAACGAUAAGCCCUGAAACGAAAAUGUCGUUGCGGGCCGAGAAGUUGGAGGAGUUUGAGGAGAAGACUUUCGAAUCAAGGCUCGAGUCCCAGGCCGGUAAGGGGCUGUUGUGGACGGGCAAAAACCUCAACCUGACCGUGCAGACGACGUUCACGAUCGAGACGGCAGCAGGAGAAUUGUUAGGAACCGCUCCGAUGUUGAUAGAAAACGCAGACGUCGAGUUCCUACUAUGGACAGGCCUGAAUUCUGACGGUCAUCUGAAGACCGACUUGGUGACUUGCAAGGUUUCCGGCGGUUCCGGCUCCCUCCAACUCGCCAGCACCGACAUUGCCCAACUCGGCGAGGAUUGGGGCGUUGUACAGGAGAAUUUGAACCAGAAUCUGGAUCAGGUCCUCUGCCCAACGUUCCACGCGGAGCUAGUGCCCGUCAUCUCGAAUAGGCUGCUCAACACUCCUCUUUCCGCGUCACUUUUCGAUCAAUUCUUUAUGAACUAUGGAUUGUUAGCACCGGUUCAAUUCGAAGACGGCGAGAUUAUGAUGAAACAUAGAGGAAAUGCGUUCGGGAUCUUGAGACAAGGAAGAACCCGCCUGAACGAUUUCCGACUACCAUUCCGGGCCGGACCUCUUGAUCCUCAGACGGAUUCUGGAAGGAUGGUUGAUAUCGUUAUCGGAAAUUACACCUUGAGCAGUUUGCUGUUUUGGAUGGACCAAUACCGCAAGUUCGACUACGAGAUCUCGAAAACCGCGCAGAACAAUUCGGCCCUGGCCGGUUAUUUGAGGACAGAUUGCGGAAAGGAUGAUAUUUGUGCUGGGACCAUAUUUCCGGCGCUAAAAGAACGUUUCCCGAAUGGAAUGGUAGUCAUCAAGUCCCAUACCUCUUCAUAUCCGAAAGUGGUUAUCACAGAGGGAAAGGCUCGAGUCUUCGUGGAGACCAAGAUUGACGCCUACGUGCAGCAAACAGAGCGAACCCGCCGGUUCCUGCAAUGCAACAUGGCAGCUGAGGUGAAGUACGACGAGCCAAAGUUCCAGGACUACGUGUUCAAGUCAAAGCUCAGGAUCGACAAGUUCAAGCUGACCGAUGUCACCUCAAGCGUUGAUGGUAUUGACGCCAACUCGCUUGAAUUUCUCGUCAACGCCUUAAUAGAGCUGGUGCUCAAUGAUGAGAUGGCGGAGAAGAUGAAGGGAAUCGCAUUCCCGAUCAUUUUCGACUUUGACCAGCAGUCUGUUGAUGUGUCAUUUGAGAAAGAUCGCUUGCGAAUAUCGGUCGAUUAUUGCUACGGCACGAAAUGUCAGGUGAAAACGGAAGAGUCGCGCGACGGCAACGUCGACUACUAUGAUCAGGUCACCGGG